AUGCAAAGCUUUCAGUUGACGAAAGAACCUACGCGUGCCAACAACAGCUGUUUUAUUGCGACAGCUUUCUUAACUUAUCGUACGCAAUUUGUUUAAAUAAACAUAUGACGAUUUGCUCAAUAACAGCGCGGCCGGCAUAACAACAAUAAACCAGCAAAGCUUUAAGCGUUUGCUUAAGCUACAGCAACAAAGCACACAUAAUACACACACACAAACAAAGACGAGUGCACACACGCCUCGCCAGUGAAUUGUUAUUGUAACCGAACCCGAAUUGCUCUUUCCACACACAGACAUAAAUUCAAGCUCACGAACGCCUCGCUUGUGACUUGUUAUUGUAGCCGAAACCGAACUUCUCUUCCCCACCGUUUCACGCACGACCGUGACUUGCCGAACUCCAGUGAAAUGAGAAUCGCAAGUGUCAGUCUGCUUUCAGCUUUCGCUCGGCUGCCUUCGUUGAUUCGUGCUAGCGCAACAGCCCAGUUACCUGCCUCUGUUCCAAUUAAAAGCUACUGCGCAGCUAUUUCACCACGAUCGCUACACAGUCAAUCAGCUGCAAUGACUCUGCCUGAGCGCAAGCCCUUCACAGCGGAUUUCUUCUUUCGGCAACUGUUUGAUACAGAGAGCAGCACCUAUAGCUACCUUCUGGCCGAUGCAAGCUCCGGCGAAGCCGUCAUCAUAGACCCCGUGCUGGAGCAGGCCAAGCGCGAUGCGCAGCUCGUUAAAGAUCUCGGCUUCAAGCUGAAAUAUGCGAUCAACACACAUAUGCACGCCGACCACAUAACGGGCAGCGGCUGGCUGCGUCAGCUAACGGGCUGCCAGUCGGUCAUUGCAGCGGCCAGUGGAGCCAAGGCGGAUCGGCAUAUCGCGGAGGGCGACCGCAUCGAGUUCGGUCGCCAUUCGAUCGAUACGCUGGCCACGCCUGGCCACACUAACGGCUGCAUGAGCUACGUUAUCAAGGAGCAGGGCUGCGUCUUCACCGGCGACACGCUGCUGAUCCGCGGAUGCGGACGCACCGAUUUCCAGGAAGGCAGCCCGAAGAGUCUCUAUGAGAAUGUGCACGCCAAGAUCUUUAGCUUGCCGGAGAACUAUCGCAUCUAUCCGGCGCACGACUACAAAGGUCAGCUCGAGAGCAGCGUGUGGGAGGAGAAGCGCUACAACCCGCGACUCACCAAGAGCAUCGAUCAGUUCAUCGAGAUCAUGGAAAAUCUCAAUUUGCCGUAUCCCAAGAAAAUCGAUGCCUCGCUGCCUGCCAAUCGGGAGUGUGGCGUAUACGACAUACCCAAGGAGUAGCACGGGAGAGCCGCGCUGUAUAUACCAAAUAUACACGGACAACUCUACAAGGGGAAAGGAACCGCUCAACAACUGUCUAGGCUAACGUCUACUAUAUAUACGCUAUAUAUUUCUACUAUAUAUAUAUAUACGCUAUAUAUUUCUACUAUAUCUAUAUAUACUUCGACUG